AUGGCCAAUUCACCGUCACACCUCCCCGGCGAGACCCCGACCGGCAAUGUCAACGAGUCCAACCCGUUUGCCUCCGCCAGCCCGUGGCGCCACCAAGAAUCGAGCGCGUUUGCGCGGUACGCCGCCGCGAACCCUCAUUCCCACACCCUCUCGGAACUCCGCGACCAGAGGUCCCGCGGAAACGGCAGCGCAGCUAGCCACGUCCCCAUCGUCGUCCCCGGAGGAGAGAAUGGCGCCCCGGCGGAGCAGCCCAAGAUCCCCAGCGACGGCCUCAGGGUCGUUUGCGGCCCGCUCCUCAACUACCGAGGCAUGAUUGACAACAGGACCUGGCGCGGCAGCGUGCUUGUCGUCGUCUCGGGCGGUGGAAGUGCGCCCCCGCCCGCACCUGCGCUCACCCUCCGUCGCAUUGGUGCCGCCAACCCCCACUCCUUCACCUCCAUGUCGAGCGCCGAUGCGACGCCCGGCCUCGACAACCUUCCUCCUAGCGCUGAUGCGGUAACCGUCGAUAGAAUUGUAGCCCAGACGGAAGAGGCUGGGGCCGUCAUCCAAGGAUCUUGCCUGUACUCCGACACCCGCUGCACCUUCUUCCAAUAUGACAUCGUCGUGGAAAUGGAGAAUGCAGAUGUAAAGUGGGAGUAUGCCAUCGCGGAUGUACACUACUCCAGCCCGACCAAGCCCCGCCAAAACAGUUUCUUCACCCCCUCUGCCACAGAAUCCAUGAGGUCCAUGUUCUUCUCCUGCAACGGCUUCAGUGUUGGAACCGAUGAGGAUGCCUGGAGUCAUCUUGCGCUCUGGAACGAUGUCUUGAGGAGGCACAACGAAGCUCCUUUCCACGUCAUGAUUGGUGGUGGCGACCAGAUCUAUAACGACGGUAUUCGAGUCGACGGGCCCUUGCGAGAGUGGACAGCCAUUGGCAACCCUCGGAAGCGUGGAAAGUACCCUUUCCCCGAUACUCUCCGUCAGGAAUGUGACAACUAUUACCUUGAGAACUAUAUUUCAUGGUACAACCAAGAGCCCUUUGCCAGUGCCAACGGACAAAUCCCACAGCUUAAUAUCUGGGACGAUCAUGACAUUAUUGAUGGCUUUGGGUCGUACACGGAUCAUUUUAUGAGAUGCGAUAUUUUCCGGGGCAUCGGUGGUACAGCGCACAAGUACUACCUCCUCUUCCAACAUCACCUUCCUCCUCCACCCUCAACUUACACGACUGAUGUUGUCGGAACCACGAUUGGCGGCGAGUCGAGGCAGGGAUUCGACCCCAAGCAGGUCGAGAAUGCGUUUGUGGCCCCCAGAGAACGACACAAGAGAUCGCCCUACGUUGCUGAGCAUUCUCUCAACCUAUACGCCCGUCUUGGUGCGCGACUUGCAUUUUUGGGCAUCGAUGCUCGCACAGAGCGAACACGCCAUCAAAUCAACUACCCCGAGACAUACGAGCUCAUGUUUGAUAAGUUGACAACGGAACUGGUGCACGCCAAGAACACCGGACAGCCCAUUUCUCAUUUGCUGAUCCUCUUGGGUGUCCCGAUUGCCUAUCCUCGACUUACCUGGCUUGAAAACAUCUUCUCCAGCCCUCUCAUGGGACCUAUGAAGUUCCUGAACCGCAGGUUUGGCUUUGGUGGCUCGUUCUUCAACAAGUUUGACGGUAGUGUCGACCUACUUGAUGACCUCGACGACCACUGGACUGCCCGUACCCACAAGGCGGAGCGCAAGUAUCUCAUCGAAUCCUUGCAAAACAUUGCCGCCGCGCAUAAUCUUCGCAUCACGAUUCUCAGCGGCGACGUCCACCUGGCCGCCGUCGGGCGCUUUUACACGGAUCUCCACCGGCGCGUCGACCCUCUGGCCGACCAUCGCUACAUGCCCAACAUCAUCUCCUCGGCCAUCGUCAAUAAGCCUCCUCCCGCGGCGGUUGCCAACCUACUAGCCCAUAGAAACAAGAUCCAUCGCAUGGGACACCGAACCGACGAGACCCUUCUCACUUUCUUCGACAAGCAGCCCGGCGGCAAGAAGAAGGCCGGUAAUAGCAACCAGGUGACGAUGCCGAGCAGAAACUACGCGAUAAUUACGGAGAACUCUCCCAAUGGCGUUCCCGCGGCUGCCGCUGCCGCUGGGCAAGUGCAAAACGGAUCUGCGCCACCCGCGCACAACCACGACCAGGCCGCGAACCCUGUGCCGAACGGAAAGGCCAGCACCCCGCACAAGAAGGACGGCCACUUUGCCCUCCACGAUGGAGAAAAGGGUGCCGGUACCCUCCACAAGGCCGCGUCAAUCCAGCACGGAAAGGGCGGAGACGGCGGCCUGGAUAUCUGCAUCCGGGUGGAGAUUGACCAGUCCGAUGCGCAGGGAAAGACUCAGGGUUAUGGUAUGACUAUUCCCGUUCUACGAUAUGUAGAGAGGCCGGAGAGCUCGUCCGCCUCGUCAAGCCAGUCCAGCCAUGCUGGCUCUCGGCGGUAG